UGGCCGCCCCUGGAGACAAAGCGCCGCCGCCGUCACCGCCGCCGAGGGGGUCCCGGGCCAUGGCCCGGCCGCCCCCCGGCCCCAUGCCUCCCGUCCCGCCUCCGCCUUCGCCGCCUUAGGCCUGCGCCGCAAGGUAUCUGAGCUCCUACUAUGUGCCAAGAGCUGAAGUUCAGAUAAAAAAUGCCUGCCCUUCCGGAGCAGGGAGCAGGCAAACAUGACCCAGAUGUGGCAAUGGAGGCCCAGAGAGGCUAAAAGCUUGCCCAGGGUCACACAGCCUGGAUGCUGCAGAACUGAGAUUUGAACCCAGAGAAGAGUGUGCUGAGACCAGAGCUGGGCAAAGGGUAGGGAGGCGAGCGGUGGCCUGAGAGGCCCCAGUUCCCCUGCAGGCCCCAGGGUCACGGCCAUGAAGCUGAACGAGCGCAGCCUGGCCUUCUACGCCACCUGUGAUGCCCCAGUGGACAACGCAGGCUUCCUGUACAAGAAGGGCGGGCGCCAUGCCACCUACCACCGUCGCUGGUUUGUGCUGCGGGGCAACAUGCUCUUCUACUUUGAGGACCCGGCCAGCCGUGAGCCCGUGGGCGUCAUCAUCCUGGAAGGCUGCACUGUGGAGCUGGUGGAGGCUGCCGAGUUCGCCUUUGCUGUGCGCUUUGCCGGGGCCCGGGCACGCACCUACGUGCUGGCUGCCGAGAGCCAGGCCGCCAUGGAGGGCUGGGUGAAGGCGCUGUCGCGGGCCAGCUUCGACUACCUGCGGCUUGUGGUGCGUGAGCUGGAGCAGCAGCUGGCUGCUAUGCAGGCGGGGGGCUGCCCACCACCACCCCGCCGACCCCGCGCCAUCCUGCCCAAGGAGAACGGCUGCGCUGUCUGGAGUGCUGAGCUGCCGGCCACCCCCCCAGUCAGCAACACUGAUGCCCGGCCUGGCCCUGAGCUCCCGCUGCUGCCUCCCCGCCAGCAGACCUCGGUGCCCAGCAGGCCUCUUGACACGGCCUCCUUCGCCCAGCUGCAUGAGCGGUAUGGACAGGAGAUCAGGGCACUGAGGGGCAAGUGGCUCAAGAGCCAGGCCCGGCCCUGAAGAGACCAAGGGCCCUGGUCCUGAGGGGAAGUGGUCAAGGUCAGUCCUGAGGUCGCCAAGAAGCCUGGUUCUAGGGGUAGUGUGGCUCCGAGAAGGUGCUGGAUUGUGAAGGGGGCUUGGCUUGUCUGACCAGAGCAGGCCUAGCCCUGAGGGGCCCAUGAUGCCAGAAGCUGAGGAGAAUCCAGGAUGAGCUCUCAUAAGCCGGAGGGUACCUAGGCUGCCUUACCCCAAUUACUCAGCAAGGGUCAUUGCUGGUAAUAGACCUGGGCAGGGCCCAUAGCUCGACAGGGACUGGACCUGACAGUGACCUGUAGCUCGAUAGGUGAACGCCUGAUCAGCCCUGGCCCUAGUGGCUCCUGACCACAUCCUGGACAUGGACAGCGAGAAGGCUUGGCCACGGGCACACCACACCCAGGCCUGACCUCUUUUGUUCCAGGCCCCAUCAGAGAAGCUGGCCUAGCUCCCGGUGGCCUGGCUCCCGGAGCAGCAGGUGUUGAAGGGGCUCCAGGGAGCAGUGGACAGGAGCAGGCCCAGGUUUCAGUGUGUGAACGGUACACUGGGGUGGCCUGGUUCUGGGCCUCCUGGCCUGGAGCGGGGCUGAGGCAGGACUUUGUUCAGGCCCCUGGCCCCUGGCCAGGCCUGAGGAGGUGUGCCUGGCAGUCAGCAGGCUCUCUGGCUGCGGCUGUGUCUGUGUCCCCAUGGGGCCUCACACACCCUCCCCAACUGUAUCCUUUAGUCACAUUCUCCGGGAGCUAGCUCUUCCGCUGGCCUCGGACGGGGCCUCUCAGGGAGCUGGCCUGACCUCCUCUAGACCCUGCUGGGUGGCUAUGGUCUGAGCUGGCACCGGUGCCCCAGGACUUUCUGACGGGUUCAUCCAGGGAGGAGUGGCCAUGAGGUGACUCACUGCCAGGGAAGUCCUGGGUGCUGAUACAACGGUAGAAAAAUGAGCCAUGAAGCUUGUUUGGCUUCUAGAACACGCCCUCCAACUCCACACGGUCCCCUCCAUCUCAACAUUGUCAGAAUGCACAGACUCAGCCUCCCACCCCCUGUUGUCUGAUAGGGAGACUGAGGCUCAGAGCAAGAGACGGGGCUCGCUUUGCUCAGAGGCUGACCCAGUCUCACUGCUCUUCCCUCACCACAGUGCCCACUCAUAGUCCAGGGAGAAUCUGGGGUUCGGGACACCCUGGCCCUCCAGCUGGGUCAUGUUUACAAUCCUCAGUGUCCCACACCAGGGACCCCCUGAGGAUAGUGCCACUCCAACCUUUAUUGCUCCAGAGGCUGCCUCUGGGUGACAGACAGACAUAGCCCCUUCCUGCUGUCUUCGGAGACCCCGAGCUUAGAGCAGUAUGGGGUAUGUACGUGUCUGCAAUCAAGGCCUCACUCGCUCACUGCUGGCUCAGUGGACGGGGCUACAGUUUUAAUUUUAUUUUUAAACACUUAGAGUGUUUGUUUCUAGUGACAGAACUUACUGUUUCACUGCUUUUGUUUCCUGUUAUCUGGUGGGAAGGGAUGGGGUAGCCCCAGUGCUGGGCUUGGCUGGGGGACAGUGAGCACUGCCCCCAGGGACGGGCUAGGAGCAUCGACUGCAGAAAGCCAUGCUUGGAGACCCAGAGGUGCCUCAGGCGGGGACCUCACCUGUGCUCUGCCUUCUCUCUGGCAGGUGCUGCCUUUGGGGUCCUGGUACGUUUCCUGUCCCCCUCCUUCCCUGAGUCCUCUGCUCAUGCCUGAGUGACGGGGGUGGGUGGCUACUCCUGCCACAGGCUCUGGGUCUCCAGUGGAGUGUGAGCUGUCCAGAGGCCCCAGGCCCUGGUCAGACCCAGCUGGUAGGGUGAUGUGUCACGCCCAGUCCUGGUGCAGGUUUACAAACUCUAAUGGUACAGUGGCCCUGGCCUUGAUGGGGGUGCAGGAUGCUAUCCCCCGAAAAGCACAAGAUGGGGUCAGGCUGCCUACAGGGUUGGGUGGGGUGAGGAUGAUGCAAGGGCUGAAAUAAACACAAGUUUGUCAAGGAA